UACCUACUCAUUUAUCGAGCCGAUACAGCGCGCAACGUGUACUUUUUUCUGUGUCGUAUGAUUAUCCACCAGUUUAAAAAUGUAAAUGCCCUAGGAAAGCAUUUUCCUCUGCUAUUUCGUUCCGCCGCAGGUCUGAAUCUGUCGGUCGACGCAUGACAAAAGCAGCUCCCUAGCUCUUUCCUCCAUUUUCCCAAAGAUUUUAUACGGCCCCGGUGCGAGAGUCAGUGCGACCAAAGACGCCUUUUUAACCCUCGACAAAGGAUACUUUUAUUAGGAGUAAGAUGCACGCACUCCCCUUAAAUUUCAACAUACUGACACUGUGUGGAAUGUGGCGACCGUUGACGUGGUCCGCUGGCUGGAAAGCCGCGGUUUACAACAGCUACACAGCAGUUAUGAUCUCUUCCCUCUAUGUGUUCGCUCUGUCGCAAUUCAUCGGUCUCGUUUUGUCGUCCGAAAACGCCGAAGAAUUUUCCAACGGUUCUUACAUGUUCCUGACCGUACUCGCCGCUUGUGGAAAGUUUGCGAGUGUGAUAAGACAGCGGAAAGAUAUAAUCGAGCUGACCCACGUGCUGAGGAACCGUUUGUGCAAACCUCGAAAUGAAGAUGAAAUUGCGCUAGAAGCUAAAUGCGAGCGCGACGCGAGGUCCAACGCUAUUUGGUACUCGGCUCUUGGCGGAACGACGUGUUCCCUGAUUACCUUGAGGUCGUUGAUAGUGGACAUAUCUCAGCGCGAGAUGCCCUUCAAAGGGUGGCUCCCGUUCGAUCCGAAAUGCUCAGAGCCUGGUUUUUGGAUCGCCUAUUUUCACCAGCUGAUCGCUCACGCUACGACGGCUGUGCUCAACAGCUCUUUCGACACCUUCGUUCCUGGUUUCAUGAUGCAUACUUGCGCCCAAAUGAAAAUUCUCAAGUACCGCAUCGAAUCCCUGCCGGAAGUUCUAGCAGCGAAAAGAACGCCGCAGUCCGGAGGGGACCAGGGGCAAUCGCAGGGAGAGAGACAGAGUCGGGAGUCAAAGAUGCUUAAUGAAUGCAUAAAACAUCACAUCCAAAUAUUUCAGCUGGCCCGCUCUUUGAAUGACAUCUUCGGUCACGUGGUUUUUCUACAAUUUUCUUUGAGCUCUCUAAUACUGUGUGUCAGCGUGUACGAAAUGUCGACCAUGCAACCAUUCAGCCCUGAAUUCACAGCUCUCCUCUUGUACCUUUGCUGCAUGACUGUUCAGAUAUUCAUUUUUUGCUACUACGGGGGAGAAUUGACACUCCAGAGCGUGGACAUAUGCGAUGCGGUUUAUCGAAUGGAUCGAUCGUUUUUAAGUACGAACAACAAAAAGAAUCUGGUAUUGAUAAUGAUGCGUUCGCUGCGACCGAUCACGUUCACAUGUGGCAACAUCAUCACAGUCUCCCUCGAUUCAUUCAACAAGACGGUUGUACCAAAAAUGCAUACACUGUCACUGAACUUUACGAUUCUUAAAUUUUGUGGCCUGUGGCGACCGUUACCAUGGCAUACCGGUUGGAAAUUCGUGUUCUACAGUUGCUAUACAGUUAUUGUCAUUCUCCUCGUUUCCACGUUUGUUGUAUCUGAGUUCAUCGAACUCAUCAGUUCAUUCGAUAGUGCUGAAGAAUUCGCUCAGGGUUCGUUUAUAUUACUGUCAAUGAUAGGGGUCUCCGGGAAAAUGAUGGUUUUAUUAAUAAAACGACAAGAAAUAAUUCUGCUAACGUAUGAUCUUAAAAAUGAUGUAUGCGAACCACGAGAUGCGAUUGAGAUUCAAAUCCAAGCGGAUAGCGAAUGUGAUGCCAGAUGGAUCACUACUCGAUAUACGGCACUGUCUGUAUUGACAACAUGCAUAAUCAUGUUGAAGUCAAUAAUAAUGGAUAUACCUGAGCGUAAAUUGCCUUUCAAGGGUUGGUUGCCGUACAUCUACGAUUCGACACAGACCGUUUUCCUUUUUACGUACGGUCAUCAGGUCGUAGCUUCCAGUACGGGGGCUAUUAUUAACAGCGCUUUUGACUCCUUAAUUCCGGGUCUGAUGAAGCUCACAUGCGGACAAAUGAAAAUUCUCAAUUAUCGCCUUGAAAAUAUACCGCGAAUGUUAACCGAGCGAAAGAUAUCGCUGAGAAACGAUGAAGAUGAAAAUUCUAAUUGUGAGACAAAUGAUCAGGCGUUCGAGACCAGACUGUUAACUGAUCGCAUCAGACACCACGUUCAGAUAUUCCAAUUAGCUGGUACGUUAAAUGGAAUUUUUGGCUUCGUCAUUUUUCUCCAAUUUACGGUGAGCUCCCUCGUCCUUUGCGUCAGUGUCUAUGAAGUAUCGAAGGUGAAACUGUUCAGUGCAGAAUUUGCAGCUACUGUCAUGUAUUUGGCGGUAAUGCUGGUGUAAGUGUUCAUUUUCUGUUUCUACGGAGGUCAAUUGUCACUUCAGAGUAUGGACAUUUGUCAGGCUGUUUAUCAAAUGGAUUGGUCCUCGCUUGGUAAUAAAACUAAGCAAAGUCUCAUCAUGAUGAUGCUACGUUCGCAACGACCGAUUACUUUUAUAUGCUAUCACGUCAUCAGACUGACUGUCGAUUCAUUCGUAAACCUGGUGAAACUUUCGUAUUCUGCUUUUAACGUUAUUUCCAACGAUACCUGA